GCGCAUCCAUGGCAUGAGUUACGGGGUCAAGCGCCGAAACCUGGCUGCUGACAGCGACUUUGUAUGGCAUAUAAACGGUCCGGAAGCCCGCAGUACCACAGUAGGAGAUUUUAUACGAGAUCGAGAACUAAACCUCAGAGUUUCAGUCGCCGCCGCCGGAGUGAGUCGAUUUCAUCGGUGUUUUCAACACAGUGUUGGAAGAAUGAAUCAGUACGUUCCUCUGAGUAUAUCGUGCAAGAAACAGUGUAACGUCAAUCGUCGUUACACGCCGUAUGUUCCUCAAAGUAGUUAUACGCCAUCCAUUCCUCAAAGUUAACACCAUCCGUUUCUCGAGAUAAAACUGUUUCGUGCAAGAAACAACAUGAUGCGUAAGUACCAUGAAAUUAUUGUAUAUUCGUUCAUACUUUUCAUCAUUUGAUUGUAAUUAUUUUUACUUUAUGUAUUCUUUCAGUUCCGAUAAACCUUGCUACACGCCUCGUAUCAUGAGCAGGAGAUUCGCUUUGACAUCCACUGCAUAUAAAUACUUGGAUGUUGGAAUCUGCGUGGUAUCUGGUGCAUCCUAUGUGGACAUCAUUCUCGGCGACAAUCGCGGAAAUCGGAUGUUGUUAGAUUAUUCAAUGUGGACGGAAUUGAACAAGAAACGCGCAGAAAUUGAGCAGCUCUUGAAAACAGCAGAUGCGUCAUCGCCAUCAUCAUCGAUGCAUAUUAACGAUUUAGUUUUAGAACUCGUCACAAUGUACGGCGGAAAAAUUGUAAAGCUAACAUUUAACAAUACUUGCAUGUAUAUGAAAGUACCAACUAUAUUAUUUUAUUCCAACUCGAACAUUGUGUCGAGC